UUCACAUUUGACGCUAAAUUUUUUCAUGCUUAUUUUCUUUGCUUAGGCCAGCAACCAAUAGCGAUUUUUAAAAAUAGUUCCGUAAGAUGAAUCGAACAUUUAUCAGACAAUUAUUUUUUCCUGUCUGGAGAUCGAACAUUUUAAAUUAUGGGCAAAACUUGUUAAUUUCUAAGAAUCCCAUUUUACCAAGUUACUGUUCCUUACGUAAUACAAGUUUUUUUAACAAACUGCCUGCUGAAGACAUUUGGCGUGGAGUAACUGCGGUUAGCAACGCUGGAAAAAAAAGAGGUCGUGGGAAAGGAAGUGGGAAGAAAGUUGCAAAGGAUCUCAACAAAGGACAAACUAUAGGCUUUGGAAAAAUAAGCCGUUUAUGGCCCGGAUUGAAUUCACCUAUCAUGCGUGGAAAUGAAAUCAUUCAUCAGCAGAAACUUGAUGAAAACGUAGAUAGAGAAAACGGAAUAAUGAAAUUACGUGAUUCAAUGGGAAAUUUUAGGUUGAUGAAGUUAAAUCCAAUAGAUCGUGGUUGGUCCGGAAGUAAAAUGCCUGGACGAAGUAUUGGACAGCCCGAUACUGUUGGCGAUGAAGAGUUUACAUCAUUCGAUACUCGAGUUUUGGAAAACAAAAUUGUUUUUAUUAUGAAAGGAAAUAUGGGUAGGAAAAGAAGAUAUUCCGUCUUAUCGGUCACGGGAAAUGGGAGCGGCUUAGCUGGAUUUGCUACUGUUAAAGCGCCAGAAGCUCGUACGGCACUUCGAAAGUCAAAAAAUCGUGCAGGACAAAAACUAAUCAACGUAGACCUGUGUGAAAAUAGGACUAUUUAUCAUGACUUUCGUACAGAUUUUGGAAAUACGAAAAUUUUUUGUUUUCAAAAACCUGAUGGAUAUGGCUUAGUAUGCCAUCGGGCAAUACAAACAAUUUGUAAAGUUAUAGGCAUAAAAGAUUUAUAUGCUAAAAUUGAGGGGUCUACAAACCUUCAACAUAUUGUGAAAGCAUUUUUUAUUGGUUUAAUGAGACAAAGAUCCUAUCAAAAUAUAGCUAAUGAAACAAAUUUCAACAUUGUUCAACAGCAAUAUACUAGAAAUAGAUUCACCGAAGUAAAAGGAAUGCCAUUUUCCAAUUCAGCUCUUCAUCACAAUAAUAAAGAAAUUGACUAUAUGCAUUUUACAUUAGGAAAUAAAAUCGUUUUAAAAAAAACCGGAAUUUCACCAUUUUAUGUUUCUACAAAAGGACACGAACUGCAUCGAAUUAAAGCAGAACGAUUUCGAAACCAACCAAAAGUUCGAUUACAAAAACUAAUAAAUUCAUAUGUUUGACCUGUAAAUUGACAAAUAAAUACAUUAAAGUAUA